AUGCCACCGCCCAAGCGGGAAGAUGUGCAAGUUGGCGAGGAGAAGUGGAAGGUACCGUUCUGGCAGGAGCCGGUGAAGCAAGAACAGCUGGCGCUUCACGAGGAUGGCAACCUGAUCUACGCCAAGAGAGAGGGGUAUCUGCAGAAACGUGCAGGAAGAUCACGAUUCCGCUGGACCAUCAGGUUCUUCGAGUUGAAGGAUGGGCAGAUCCGUUGGUGGAGGCCGUCAUUUGCAGAUCAGCUCCGGCAGCCCCGCCCGCCGCAGGUAGUCCGCAACAAAGAGCCGCGCCCUCGACCGGUGCGCUGCCUGGACCUGACGCAGCUGAAGCGCGUGACACGGACACAGGUGAAGUUCCCCUACUCUACUCGCAUAUUGCUCCAGUUCAAGGAGGACUACACAGACUACCAGCUCGAGCUGAGAUCGGAGCGAGAACUGGAGAUCAUGGAAUGGUACAAGAUCUUGAUCCGGUUCACCAUGGAGAGCUGUGAAGCCGUGGUGGAUCGAGACGAUGGUCGUGUUGCACCCGGCCAGGAGAGCGAAACUGAUCUGGAUGCGCGAGACCGGAUGCUGUGCAGGGUAUUCACGUCUUCUAUUCGCUAUGGUGCUGCUUUUUCCGCCGGUGUUGAGGCCCAGAUCAGCGUGAGUGGCUGCACCCACGUCAGUGUCGGUCCGAUUGUCAGGGGGAAUUACUCUGUAGAUGGCUCCAACCACAACAAGCCGGCGUACCGGAAGGAGCAGAAGGUGAGUGGCUUGGACGUCAUGCUCUACUACUGGGACGAGCGCGAUGGCGUCGAGUUCAGUGGCUGGUGGUUUGGGCCGAAGAUUGGCGGCGACCAGGUUUGGGCCUACCAGCCGACGCGAGCCACGCAGACGCCACCGCGAACCGGAUGGAAGGUGCCCUACGAUGGCGCCGUGGACCAGACCCUGGUCCUUGCCCCUAGGGGCCUUGCGGCGCAGCAAGAGGCCUUGAAGCAGCAAGCCGAGGCCCGGCAGCAGCAGAUCCUGGCUGAAAAGAUGCGGCAAGCAGAGGAGCAGAAAAAGAGAGUUGAGGAAGCCAGGCAGAGGGCCGAGGAGAACAAGAAGAAGAUUGAGGAAGCAAAUAGAAGAAGGGUGGAGGAGGAGAAAAAGAGGCAGGAAGAGGUGAAGAAGAGGGCAGAGGAACAGAAGUCCGUCCUGGCGAUUCGGCAAGUGCUGAUGAAGAUGAAGACGGCGAACCUGGACAACUUCGAUGCUAUUCACGAGGAGGUUGCGAAGGUUAUGGAGAAGGAGCUCGACAAGUGCGGAUCCAUGAAGAUCAUGAUUCAAGGGGAGCACGACAAGGGCUGGGAGCAAGUGAAGAUGCGGAUGGAGCAACUUCAAGCUGCAAAGCAGAAGAUCCAGGAGCAGAAGAGAGCGGCAAAGGAGAAGGCUGAGAUCCACGUGAAGGAGCUCGAUGAUGCCGUUGCAGCAGCUGAGGCUGCGGCCGCGGUCCUGAAGGAAGCCGUAGAGAAGCUCACUGCGGAAGGGGCAGAGAAGUUCAAGUUAGAGCAGGAAUGUGGCGUGUUUCAGCCUUGUGCUUUCAGAAACUCGUUCCGCGUUGAGGCCUUCCCCGGCGUGGGGGACAUGCCUUCAUUGAAGGAGAAGAAGAGCCAUGACACUGACGACGUCAACCAGCGCAGGGAGCGGAAGGAUGUGAACCCUCCUGCGCGGAAGCCAGACCGCUUGGACUACAGCAGGUUCAACGAAAUCGGCGACGAUGACCGGGAUGAGCGCCUUCAGACCGGAGACGUGACAUGGGAAGAGUUGAAGAAGCACGAGAAGCAGCAGGUGUUUGAUGCACGAGAACAAGUGGACGCUAUCAUCGAUCAGAAGCGGCGGGAGGAGGAUGACUGGAAACGUCAGCUCAAGGAGAAGCCCUCGGACCUGUCCUGGGUGCAGGGUCGACACUUCGCUAGCUACGAGGCCUUCUGCGUGGGCCGUGUGGAGUCCACCCUGAAGAAGUCCGGCAAUGAGGCUUUCAAGGCCGGCGACUUGGCACAGGCCCAGGCAGACUGGGAAGCCGGAAUCGGCAUGAUCCUGGCGCUUGGGCAGCUUCCCGAUGAAGCCAUCAAUAUGCUGUGCACUCUCAGGAACAACCUGGCGCAGUUGCACAUCAAGCGUGGUGAGUGGGGCAAGGUCAAGGACCUAACUGACAAGAUCCUUGACAAGCAGCCUACGAAUGAGAAGGCCUUGUACCGAAGAGCCCAGGCCUUCUUCGCUUUCUCCUUGUGGGAGAAGUGCGAAGCGGACUUAGAUGUCCUGCUGAAGCACAGUCCCGACAACAAGGAUGCAUCUUUGAUGCUGCGACAGGUACAUCAGAAGACCGGCAAGGACCGCAAGAAGUUCGCGGGCAAGGCCGUGAGUGACAUUGCUGCGGGUCUUGCGGAACUCUGCCCUGAUGGUACCGUCCGCAAACUUCGCAUAGAGGAGUACGGGGAGGGCGAUCCUGAUGAGCCUCCAAACUGGUUACAGCCGCGCUGGCUGGAGAAAGGCUCCGAGAAGGUCGUGGUGACUUGCCAGAUGGUCAUCACAUCGUUCGGAGGUGAGGAGCUCUACAACAGCAAGGAGUAUCGGCCCUUCCCGGAGACGAAGCAAGCACGGGACGAGCUCAAGGAGUACAUGGACAUGGUCAACUUCCUUGAUCAGGAAGCCGGAAAGGCACCUCGCCUUGUCGGCGACUUCUACAGAAAAGUCAAGAAGCGCCCAGUGAGAUGGUACCUGGGAGAUCCUGGCAUGUACAAGGGAUUCGACCUCGCGGCACGGACAAUGAAGCCCGGCGAGCGCGCAAUUUUCGAGGUGGACCAGCCCAUGCUGGCGGCAUCGGUGGAAAAGUUUUAUGAGUCCAUCGGCUUCCACUCCACAAUCGCCGGAUUGCCCCAGCUUCAGUGCGCCCACUACCCGUUCGGAAGAUCGGAAUCCCGAUUUUGA